CAAUAAAAACAUACCGCUCCAUCAUGUUCGAUUCAUAAUUGGUCGGUAAGAAGAUGCAACAACUGUACUUGCCAACAACUCUUAAAAUAGAUUCUAUCAUGACGGAAAGGUGCAGGAGUUCAGUGCCCAAGCGCGCUUUCCUUUGCUCUCGAAGCGAUCAAAAGAAAGAGACAAGCGCGGCGGUGUUGCCCUCCAAGGUCCCGAUAAUUGGUUUGGGAUGCUCGAGCUUUUCCAGCUUCUUUUGGACCAACGAGGAGCUUGCGGCAGAAACAAACGACGGCCAAACGAAAACUGCAAUCACGGCCGAAGCGUUGACUCGAGAUCAUCCAAAAGUACAAGAAUGGAUCGAAACGAUUCGGUACGCAAUCCUAGACUGUGGAAUAUCUUUGCUGGAUACCGCCCCCUGGUACGGGCACGGGACGUCAGAAAUCGUCGUCGGGUGGGCCCUCAAAGAAUCGUUGUCGGGGUCUGACGCUGACAGCAGCAAUUCCAAAUUAAUCGACCGGGAAGAUUUGUGCGUCAACACCAAGGUUGGUCGAUACGAGGCCGAUCCCACCCAUCAGUUCGAUUUUUCUCGAACCGCGACGCUGGAAUCUGUCCAGCGAAGUCUCCAACGUAUGAACUGCGGAUAUAUCGACGUGCUACAGCUGCACGAUCCAGAAUUUUCUCCCACUCUGGAGAUCCUCCUGAAGGAGACCAUACCCGCCAUGGUUGAAUGUCGCUCCAAUGGUUGGUGCAAGGCACUCGGGCUGACGGGAUAUCCACUGGAAGUCCAGUACCAAAUCCUGCAGCACUCGCUGGAAACAUACGGGGGUGAGGAAUCCGUGCGGAUCUGGGACCAGGCACUAACCUAUGGGCACUUCAACCUUCACGACGCCAGCCUUGUACGGCGCCGAAUCUCUCCGUCGUGUGAGUCCUUCGCCGAGUGCUGCCACCAGAGCGGGAUGGGACUGCUGGCGGCGGCCCCUCUUUCGAUGGGGCUCCUAACGAAUAAUAUACCACCGGACUGGCACCCUGCAAAUGGUUCCGAGUUGGCGAAAGCCUGCUUGGAAGCUGCCCGCAUAUGCCGUGACUUGGAUGUGGACAUUGCCAUUCUGGCGCUCUUGUUUUCUAUGUCGCAUCCGAGCGUUCCGUGCACAAUUCUUGGAAUGAAAGAUGUGGAACAAGUGGAAAAAGCAUCGGCGGUCGCACGCCGAUUUGCAAUGGUCGAUUGGACGAUACCGGACCUCUCGCAGGAGCUGGUCUUGUCGUUCGUCCUGACCGUGCCCGAAAGCAAGGCGUACCGGAUCCUGAGCGACCGUGAAGCCGGCCCUUUUGCAGAGGUGUGGAAACGAGAAACAGCCGAAGACUACGACGGGAACGGUAUAUUCGCUCCGAAGUUCCAAUGGGACGGUGUGCGUGAAGCACACGAGUUUUGGAGAACCACCGGGCAGUCCUUCGAGGACUGGCAGGACAAGUCCUUUCAAUAGUAUUACUACUAGUAGUAACUACUAGACUCUCGUAACGAGGUGACUGACAUGCAUAUCUCCUAGAGCAGACGAGGUCUGGUAAAAUUUUAUUAGAAAAUGAAAGAACAAUUUGUUA